AACCAUAAAUUUGUCUUUUCAAAAGUCUGCGGUUCGUUAGUCACGUGGCAGAAUUAUGAUACAUUGUUCAGUAUGAUGACUUCCUGCCCUUCUGACACAUCCUCUAGGCAACAUGGACAGACACCACUACGAAACGUUUGAGAAGUUCGGCAACAACACUUUCCUGCUGCACCUUGACAACGGCCGGGCAUUCGGGCGUCACUCCAAAGACGAGCCGUCCAUCUUGGUGCCAUUAGAGCAAUGUUGCAGAAUCCGUCGUUCCACCUGGCUACGCCUGCGCCUGCUUUCCCUGCCUCAGUAUCGCCUCAGCGACGUCAUGCGGGCCUCGCUUUCCCAUGACCCCCUACACGCCGUAGCCCCGCUGCUGACUGAGCCCCAACUUGCUGCCCUCGAUCGGCGCCUGAAAACCGUGCUGAAUGCCGUGAGUCGUUGCGUGGAGAAGCAGCGUGAGGGCGGCGGUGAAAAGGUCAUAUACGACGACAUCGGCCAACAGAAGGACAUGUAGACGUGUCGAGCCGUCCUGCCCCUGAUGAUCUGAUACAGUGGUGUUCUGACUUACGAGUGACACAACUUUUUCACUUCACUGCUUUCUCUUCACAAGUUUUCUAGAAACGAAGCUGUUGCUCUGCCGAUUUUUUUGCUUUGACUUGUGAGCAAACAUUUUUGAUAUGGACAUUAGAUCGUGACAGCCAACUCAACUCAUUUCACAACUUGAAGCAGUUUGGCAGAAAGUGAACAACUCUUUAAAAAAGAGAUUUCAAGCUGUUUAUUGACCCUCUCAGUUGAGGUUUACUGUCAUACAGAACAUAAUACAAAGAAAAUUAUAUAUGUAUUUACAACAACCAUAUCACUUAGCCCUAGGAACGUCACCAGCUUACUGCUAACACACAAUGCAAAACACCAUAGACGGGCUAACAAAACUAGCAUUGAUGUUAUAAUUCUGUAAGCAACAGAUAUUUGAACACAAAUGGUGCAGCCACACAUGUAGACAGAUAAUAUAAUGAUACUCAUUCUUUAUCCUCUACACACACACACACAAAAAAAACCCAACUUAAUAUUACUGCAGCUUACUAAGCAGACUCUUUGUUAAAAGUCUGUAUGGUUGUAGAAUACCGCCACCUGGUAGCCAAGGUGCAGACACCAACAUGAGCACAGUGUGGGGCUGGAAUGGAUUGCCUUUUCUAUUCCUUUCAGUCUUGUAAUAUGUUUUGAGAUAUGAGUGUUUUCACUUAUGAUUGUGGUCAUGGAACAAAUUAAAAUACAGCAAGCGUUUUCUGUGGUUAAGUAUUUUACGUUCCUUUAUAAAGGCUUAAAAUGUGGUUUGAAAGCUACAAAUUUGAAAUAGUUGCUCUUUAAGCACUGUUACUGCGAUUUGUAUGUGUACAAGCGUAUAUUAAAGUCAGUACUUUUCAUAACAAUACUUAAUGAGUCUGCGUUGCAGCUCGUUGGCCCGCUGGCUGUCCUCUGCCUCCUUUUCUUUCAGGAAUACAAAUCAAUAAUUCACCUGGCAGCUCAUAUCGAUGGCACCUGCUCCCUCUUCUCUAGCCCUCGACUGCUUGCCCACUCUAAUCCAAAGGCUUAGCUGAAUUUUCAUCGCAAGGGCAGAAAAAUUCUUAUUUUGUAUUUAUUUAUUUAUUUUUAAAGCUUGAGUGUAUAAGACAGGUGUUCAGUCUUUGGACCAUUCAGAAGCAAGUAGAUUUGAGGUAAAGGUGACUUUUGGCGCUUGAGGACGCUGGCACCCCAGAGGAACUGCGCAAGUUUGAAUGGGCAUACAGACUCCUUAUACUUGUUCUGUCCCCCGCUGUCCUCUCUUGCAGCUCUUACAUAUUUGACUUUCAUAUUUGCUCUCCCGUCGGGCACCAUGUCAGGAACCAGCAGUGACCAGCUGCACAGAUCCACCUUAUCUGUCUAUUCCGUGAGUACCAACCUUGGAUUCUGUCUCUGUAACACAUUUUGGCUUCGACUUGAGAGCAGAACUCGCAUCUGUUCAUGCUUGUGUGUGUUACUCCAGAACCUGAUGGAUCAUUUCAACCCAGGCCUUCAGAAGCUUGUUGCUUUGGGUAACAGCUAUGUCAAAGCUUUUCAAGCAUUAGCUGUUUGUAGUGAGGCCUACUUCAGUGCUGUAGCCAAAAUGGGAGACCAGGCGAUUCACACACUAUCUUCUCACUCUCUUGGUGAUGUCCUGAUCCAGAUAUCUGAGACACAACGGAGACUCACUGCUGAGAUGGAGGGAGUGUUUCGAUGGUUCCAGGUGGAGGUAUUGCAAACUAUGGAGAAGAAUGUCAAGUUGGAUGAAGAGUACAUUGACGGUAGCCGGCGAGUGUAUGAACUGGAGGUGAGGAACCAGGCGGAGGCUUUGGAGAAACAGCUAAGACGGGGAGCCUUCAGGGAUUCUCUGGAGAGCACCGACUACAUGCAGUACUUGAAGCAGAGCCAACAGGAGAUCCUGAAGGAGGAGGAGAGGAGAUAUCGUUUCUUGGCAGAGAAACACUGCAGUCUGACCCAGUCCCUUCUCUUCCUGGUUAACAAGACAGGCAUGUCUCUCCAGCAUAAAGCAGAGGGAUGGAAGGAGAAAGUCAAUGAGACCAGAGGUUCUCGAUCUCGAACUCCCACUAAUUUGGACCAAGAAGCACAGUUGCGAGGCUCUGUGAGCUCCCUGCUGCAAACGGUAGCUAGAGAUGAUGACAUGUCCUGGGCCAGGCGAGAGCAACAGGCGCUGGGCAAGGUGCCGUCACGAGCCCCAUCACCCAUCCCCAGCCGCUCUCGUUCCAGCUCGGUGGGAGAAUCUCUGGGUCUGGGUGGAGAGCGUCCCAUGAAGGCCCUGGUGUCUCAUCCCGCCUCAUCCAACCCCAAGCUGCUGCCUUUCAACAGAGGGGAGAUGGUCACCGUACUGGUCCUGGAACCGCGCAACGGCUGGUUGUACGGUCGCACCGACAGCAGUUUGAGGCAGGGUUGGUUCCCUGCUGCUUAUGUGGGCCCCAUUGAUGAUUUCGACAGCAAUAUGAACAACCUGCUAGACCCCGGUGAGACCCAAAACGACCAAUCAGAGAGCAGGAGCUGCGGCGAUGUCCCUCCGCCAGCCACACCUAACCGCAGAUCGUCAGUAGACCUCCGGCCCAUCUCUCCGCUCCCUGAGAAGACGGUGGACCAGGUGAUGGAGACGAAACCCAUUCAAACAAAGACCCUGUCUGAAGUACCUCCUCCUCCGCCCCCUCCCCCAAAGAGCCUGAAUCUUCAGCAGGGCUCUGUGGAUCUGAGACCAGUUUCUCCCGCCCCUGACGCACAGGCUUUAUCACCCAACGGCCCACCUGAGAACCCUCUUUUUCCAAGAGGCACAAACCCAUUCGCAACCGUGAAGCUUCGCCCCACCAAGACCGAUGACCGAUCCGCCCCUCACAUCCAUUGAUUGCACUAGGACAGGCUCGGGGUUUGUACGUGAGGUGGCAGUGAUGAGACAAGACUAUGGCACAUUUAGUUGAAUAUUUACAGAUCUCACCAACAUAAUUGAAUUUCUAACAACCUUAGGGUACUUUCACAAUGAACCCCUCGCUAUUCUCAGGUGUUAGACCCUGACGCGAAUAGCACAUUUUGAUCAAUUAUGGCAAAGGUUUUUAUGAUUGCCUAUAGAUAGUUUUCCUGUGACAUCACGCACCUCUGGACAUGCCCGCGGCCACCAUGUUGGCAGUCGAUGUUUUGUUUCAGUGCUCAGUGAGUGUUUGAAUAGAUAAAUUUGAUAGUCAAUGUCAAAAAAUUGUGAAUUACUGUGCGAUGUUUGGCUGCAACAAUACAUAUGGGAGGGGAAAAGAUGGAGAUGGUGGCAUUCCGGCCAGAUACUGACUCCAUAUAUCCUUGUUUGUUCGGAACACUUCCUAAAAGGUAAGCUGUAAUGCUUACCACUGUUAGAAAAUGCAAGUUACUUACUUUACGUACCGAUCUCCAUUUUCAGUUUACAUUUUAGUUCAGUGCGCUUAAAUAACACAGAUUUAUACAAUAUAUAUCUUACAUUGAAUAUUAGUCGAUUGUUGCCGUGGUAUUAUAUUAAACAUACAUACACGUCAGAAAUGUAGGAGUCAUUGAUGACCGGCAGCUGACUCCCACAUUGCUAACCGCUAGCUAGCCCUGAUGCUAAUGUUAGGCAAAGUCAAAGCUGUUUGAGCUAAAGUAAGCCAAGCUCUCAACUGUUCCGAGUCAUUAAGUGAAAAAGUCUUGGUUUUAUUUCCGGUUAUCUGCGCACACAGUUUGGCGGUGAGAGAUGUUUAUGACGGCCACUUUGUCAACCUUUUGUGUCUUGCCACUGCGUUGAAAGUUUCCCUAUAGCUUACUCUGGUCUUCUAGUCUUUCCUUGUGAAGCCUAGCUUAUCCUCCCGAUCUCAACCUACAAUAUGGCCGACAAACAAAUACCUAUAACGUGAUUGAAAGCUAUCUAUAUUUAACCCUAAAUAUAUUUCAAACUAUAUUCCCAAAACACAUAUAUAAUUUCAAAUGCAUCUUACAAUACCUUUCCUGGAAAAGCGUUUUGCAACCCAUAAAAGUACCAAUUACUACUUUACUAUUAGUCAUUUUAUGAAGUUUUUUUCUCAGUGAUACAUAGAUGCUCUUAUUUAAAAAAAUAUAUAAUAUCUCGCAAAGGACUCUUUAUCUUUAGUUGAGCACUUUCUGUACCUUAAGCUGAACAGCUAGCCAUUACCAACUGAUCAGCUGUUAACUUCUACCCACUGCCAGUAGUGGUCUUGACCUUUCUCUGCAUUAUCUUGAAGUUUACCACCCUGCUUUCUCCACCAUCAAACCCACAUGUAGCCUUGUUUGCUUUUCUGACCUUUACUGGAAUUUAGAGCAUUCCAGAAGAGUAUAAAAACACAUGCAUAGGCGCAAAAAUG